GGAUGGGUGUAUUACAAUGACAAGCAGCCAAAAUAUCACCCACCUGAGUUGAUUGGCCAACAGUAUUCUUUUACAAUGAAACAGUCAUGCCAUUAUUCUUGCCAUGAAGAUGAAGCUUGAAUUUGGUGAUGAGAAGCUGACUUUUGAUCUAAAUGUUGAUGGGGAUGUCAAGAAAGGGCGAUUUGAUUAUGUCGGGGAGUUUAAGCUAACUUCUGAAAAGAGGGUCUGGAAAGAAGAACCAAACCAAAAUAGUAUGUACCAAGUGGUUCAGAACCUAAGAAGGCUUAAAGAGCUUCUUAGGAAACUUCACAAGGAUAAAUUUAAUAUGAUACAUAAGCAGGUGGAUGAGAAGAGAGACGAGCUGAUGAGAAUUCAAAGAGAUGUUAAAGCCAAUCCCAGCCAGUUCCUAUUUAAUAGAGAAAGGGAGCUAAUGCAUCCGAUGAACAGAGCCAUCAAGGCAUCUUAUCAAUUGAAGUUGGUGGAAGGUACGGAUGGUAUAGCAAGGGUAUUAGAGGAGCUCUUCAGUAAAAUGUUGGGCUCCACACACCCAAUAAAGGAGAUUGACAGAAAAGUUUUGGUGAAGGGCAAAAGCUUAACAGCAGAACAACAGCUGGAACUAAUAAAAGAAUUCAAACCUGAACUGGGCAGAGAUGUCCUGGAGGAUGCAGAUGCAGGACUUUGAAAAUAUUACUAACUCAAUGAUCCAAAAAUCGUUUUGCUCUGAUACCAAAAUGUAACACCCCAAUCCCUAUAACCCGGAAUUACACGAAUUAAGGUGAAACGAGAGUUAAAUAAAAAUUUCGCUUGACAUUUGAAAAUGACAAUUUCUUAUAAAUAUUAAAUUUACAGACUCUGGAUCGCGACCCAUUUAAAAAUAUUUUCAGAGUAAUGCGGAAUUACAAUAAUAAUCAAAUCAUGACACAUUU